AUGGCGGCCGGAGAUGGCUCGUCUGAGCCAGGCGACGGUGAGAAGCUUCAGGAAACCACCAGCCAUCCUCCGCAGCCAACGAAGGCCCAGUCGACAGCAGAUGAAUCUGAGGAUGAGACCGAGGAAGAGGAUGAAGAGGAGGACGAAGAGCCACGGCUCAAAUAUGCUACGUUGACACGGAACGUGAGCUCGAUAUAUCGCAAUGGAGAUGCCACGAGUGCCUUCCACGUGGCCGGGGAUAAGAUGAUCGUGGGGACUCACAAUGGGAACAUUCACGUUUUCGCUUUGCCCUCAUUCAACUCCCUGCGCGUCUACCAUGCCCACACAGCCAGCAUAUCUGCGAUCUCGAUAUCUCCUUACAACCCUCCGCUUGCAGGUUUUCGCCAUGACCCAGGGUCGAGAUCGGCAGCUGAGGCUGCUCCCAAUACGGACAAGUCGCCGUCAAGCUCGCCCGCGCCGAAAGGGAAGCAACUGCAGGCUCCCGUACCAGAUAUACCUCCAAAUCGGAUAUACAUUGCCACGUCUUCGAUCGACGGUAAUGUUUGCAUUGCUUCACUAGUCGAUCCUCGUGAUGUGCAGCUGCGCAACUUCGGAAGACCUGUUCAGACUGUUGCCCUGUCGCCAGAAUACAAGUCGGACAGAACUUAUCUAUCCGGUGGGCAGGCCGGCAUUUUGGUUUUGACUACUGGUGGACAAGCAGGAAAGAGUGCCAACGCGACGACGACAGGAGCGGCAGCGGCGGCCUCUGGCUGGCUUGGGUCAAUUGGCCUUGGUGCAAACACCGGAUCAGACAAAAUCCUACACAGUGGUGAGGGUAUUAUCAGCACUAUCAAAUGGUCACUCUCAGGGAAAUAUGUGCUUUGGGUAAAUGAACAAGGGAUCAAGAUCAUGAGAUCCAAUUUGAAGCUCGAAAGCUCAGAGUCGGGCCUCGAGUGGAAACGGAUGAGCCAUAUCGACAGACCUAAUCGUUCGGGAUGGGAGGAUAUGGCGGGCGUAUGGAAAGCUCGUGCGGAGUGGAUCGACCGCGAUAAUCUCGAGACCGACGACGACUCUCCCGUCGGCGCUCUCAUCCCUGCUCCAGCGAACGGUGCAUCUCCCAAGCCGGAGGUGAGGAAAGCCAAAGUGGAAGAAGUCCUGGUAGGAUGGGGCGAUUCAGCAUGGAUCAUCAAGGUCUAUCCAGGUUCUAUGGAAAGUGGAGGUAAUAAUAAAAUUGGACGCGCUGAAGUCGCUACGAUUAUACGAUUUGAUGACUGUACAAUAUCUGGAAUUUCGUUAUAUACCCCAAGUCUGCUUUUGGUGCUUGCAUUCAUGGAAAAGAAGAAGGGCAAUGGAUCGGCGUCGCAAGACCACGAAGGCAGCAGGAGAGGCCGACGAGCACGACAUAAUGCAUUGGAACCAGAGUUGCGUCUCGUCAAUAUCAAUACCAAGGAAGAAGUCGACACCGACACUCUCACUGUGAGUAGAUUCGAAACCCUCUCGGCUUCAGACUAUCACUUGGGGGUUCUACCACCGGUUCGUAUCCCUGCUGCACUUAUUCAGAAGGGUUACCUCAGCACCAUUGGAUCUGGUAUGAGUACGGUUGGUUCAAGUCUCGCCACAGGCGUCGAAACCGUUGGUCAGGGGAUGUGGGAUGCCACCAUGUACGGGCCACGCCUCUUGGGCGCCAAUCGAAUCUUCAGUUCAAGCGAGAGCGUUCGAAGCGGUCUCAGCGGCCCUGACCGAACAGGAAGCACCAGGGAGCGCAACUAUCUUACAGGCUGGAUCCCGGGGUUUGGAUCCAGCGAGACAAGUGCCAAAGAGGAGAUCAAUACCAUGGCCACAGCCCAGAGCAUGAAGAUCUUCAUCUACAGCCCCUACGACUGUAUUGUCGCCGUCAGGCGUAAUCUCAACGACCGUAUGCAGUGGCUUGUGAGUCUGAAGAGAUACCAAGAAGCCUGGGAACUGGUUGAUCAGCAUCCCGAAGCGGCCGGCACCCUAUCAGAGUCCUCGGGAACGUCAACACCACCAAGUCCAUCGAAAGCUAGUUCUGUCGCCAGAUCAGGCACCGCGGUCCCACUCAGUCCAACGCAGGCUCGUCAGCAGGCUACAAUGACCGAGUUCUUCUCGGAUUCUCUGUCGAUCACGAGCUCAGCGCAGGCGAAAUCCAAGAACAAAUUCUCUGCUGCAGAGAAGGAGAAGCGCAGAAUAGGCGAGUCGUGGUUGAAGCAAUUGGUUGAUGCCAAAAAAUGGGCAGAAGCCGGCGAAGUCGCAGCCAAAGUGCUCAACACGACGAGCCGAUGGGAGCACUGGGUGUGGAUAUUUGUGAAAAAUGCGAAGUUCGACGAGAUAUCGCCUCACAUACCAACGUUAGACCUGACACCUCCAUUACCGUCCUCCGUUUUUGAAAUCAUCCUUGGGCAUUACGUGGAGAAUGACAGAAUUCGAUUCAAGGAGCUUCUUGAUGAGUGGCCGUCUGAUCUUUUCGAGAUCAGCAGCAUCACAGCGGCGAUUGAAGAUCAAUUCCGCAGCGGGAGUGCUCCAAAAGGGUCGCAGGAUUGGAGGCUGUUACAGGAAAGUCUAGGGAAAUUGUUUCUUGCAGACGGGCACUAUGACGAAGCUCUGAAGUGCUACAUUGCCCUGCAGGACGCAGACACAGCCAUGUCGUUGAUCAAGGAGCACCACCUCGUUGACGCAAUCGCUGACGACAUUCCCAGCUUUGUGACGCUGCGAGUCUCGCCCGAACAAGUGAGGAGCGCGAGUCGUGAGGAAUUGGCCGAACUCGCGGCUGAUCCUAUCAAAGUCCUCGUGGACGAAGCCACUGCUGGUGUCGUUGAGCCCGAUGAGGUUGUUGCCCAGCUUGAUAAACCGACACUGAAGCCUUUCCUCUAUUUCUAUCUUCGCGCCUUGUGGCGCGGCGAGGGAACCCAGGAAACGCCCGCGUUGCCCCGUGUCGGACAUUCAGCUAUAACUACGUCGCUUGCAGCUGACACCGGCAAACAACACGUCGAACACUUUGCGGACAUCGCGGUCGAGUUGUUUGCAGAAUUCGAUCGAGAUCUGCUGAUGGAAUUUCUGCAAGCAUCCACAGCUUACGCCUUCGAGAAUGCUGUGAAGAUAUGCGAAAGGAAGCACUACGUCGAGGAACUUGUCUACCUCUUGAGCAAAACCGGACAAACCAAGAAAGCGCUGUUCCUGAUCAUCGACGAAUUGAAAGAUGUCUCAAAGGCUAUUGCCUUUGCCAAGGAGCAAGACGACCAGAGUCUCUGGGACGAUUUUCUGGAAUACAGCAUGUCGAGACCACGGUUCAUUUCAGGUCUGCUGGCAGAGGUUGGAACUGCCAUUGACCCUAUUACCUUGGUGAAAAGAAUACCCUCCGGACUGGAAGUGGAAGGUCUCAAAGACGGACUGAAGAAGAUGAUUCGAGAGUAUGAUUUGCAGGACAGCAUCAGCGCCGGCGUUGCGAGAGUGCUCAGUAGCGAGGUCGCCGUGGGGAUGGAGACCCUGAGAAGAGGUCGGAGAAAAGGCAUCAAGUUCGACAUUGUCGCAUCCACAGCGAAACACCAGCGGCCACUCGCCCAGGACGUUGUGGGCUCCAAGGAUCAACCGGCGGACGAACAACAACCCGACGCCGAAGCUGCCAUCAAGCCAGGACAUUGUGCUUCUUGUCACAAGGCGUUCCAUGAAAACGAAAGCGAAACUCUGGUCGGGUUCGCUUGCGGGCACGUCUACCACGUCUCACAUCUGCUGCAUGGUCCAGAUGCAGAAGGGGACGAGGUGUUACUACCCCAAAAUGGGGUUCUUCGCCCGGAUGAUGGCGAAGCCGAAGAGAUCAGGUUUUCCAGAUCGGUGGGACCAAAGGUCACAAAUGCACGUUUACUGAAAGAUAAGAUACAGAACGUGGGUGGAUGUCCCAUAUGCAAGGGAUCGAGGGAAAGAAUGGAAGUUGUGGGUGGCUGA